UUCAUUCCUCUCAUUCAUACCCACAUAUUAUAUAUGCAUAUUUUGGUUACAAGCCCAGGAGUGACAUCUUAAGAUUGAUGCCUUAUGUCUCCUCUCAAACACAAUGAAGAGGUGCUUACCUGGUAUCCCUCCAGCCUAUGUCCAGAUUGACCCAUUUUGUUGGCCUUUGUGAUGCAAGAGUGACUCUAGGAGAGGGAGUCCAACCUGGGUUCAGACUGCCACAGAUGCUCUUGCUCAUUGGGUCUAAAUGUGGCUUAUUCUCUCCCUCCUGAUGGGAAAUGAUAUGGAGCAACUGGACUUGGGAGUUUUUGGAACGACUGCUUAUUCUCUUAACAUUUAUAUCUGCAUUUCAGGUUACUUCACCCUGCCAGGUUUGCUGCCACAGGACUAGAUCUAUCAGCAUCCAGAAGACACAGACUGCCUCUUUCCACGUCCUCAAAGAAGACCUGAGCUGCAUAUCAUAACAGCAUGCGCAGCAUCAUACUCUCCCUGGAUUCCAUCCUUGACAACUGGGAUGAGCCACAUGGAAGAGACAAUCAAUCCUCCCUCUUGGUGUCCAGCAGUUCAAUGAAUUCGGUCAUCUCACUUUGUAGCUGGGAUGGUUCUUCAGAAAGAGAUGGUGCAAUCCCACGUCCUGCACUGAACAUCUCCUUAUCAUCUGACAUCUCCUCCUGCAAUUGGGUUGAGUCAUCACCAGAUGCUUCCCAUAGCAGGCAAUCUUCUGGAUCACUGGCCUCCCCAGUUCAGACAGACUCCAUGAGGGAUUUGACCCCCACCACCCCUCCCUGGCGCCCUGCAACCAAAAGCAGCCCUGCCUACACUCAGGGGCAUGGAAGCAAGGUGCAUUUUCUGGGUUCGAACGAGCUAGAGUUGCUGGAGAUGCAUAUCAACAAGAAACAUCGGGAGAUCCAUACAAUGCCACCUCACCAACCCUCUGUCACACAAGCCAAGUCCCAAGCUACUGUCAUUCAUAGAGAAGCACUGGGUGGGCAGUCAAGCCAGAGUGCAAUGGAAAUUCAACAGCUUUACCAGAAAGUCCCCCAUCACACUCUCAAGGAGAUGCAUAUCAACAAGAAACAUCAGGAGAUCCAUGCAAUGCCACCCCACCGGCCCUUUGUCACACAAGCCAAGUCCCAGGCUACUGUCAUUCAUAGAGAAGCACUGGGUGGGCAGCCAUUCCAAAGUGCAAUGGGAACUCAACAGCUUCAUCAGAAAUCUCCCCCUCAUUUCCCCAAGGAAUUUGCAGAGGAACAAGUGAUGAUUGAUUGGAACAUCUCUAAGAAACAUCAAAAGACAGAUGUGUCCCCAUCACAGUCAGUUCCUCACCCCAAAGUCAAGUCCAAGGCUGCCAUCACUACCAUCAUACACCAGGAUAUAGCUAUGUUGCAGUCCAAGACCAGAUCCAUUGCCCCAACUCCCUCCUUGCACACCAAUCAUAAGAGGAAAGGACACCCUGGGAGCACCAUUCAUUUUCUGGGCCAUGAGGAGCAGGAGCUGCUGGAGAUGCAUAUACAAAAGAAGCAUCAGGGCAAAUAUGCACCUCUGUCAUACAAGUCCUCCAGCCCCACUAUCACUCAGAAACAUACUCUUUAUAAAGAGCUUCAUGAGAGUGGGUUGAGGUGGCAACCACUUCACCAGAGGCCUCCCUCUCUUCCACCCAAGGAAUUUGUGGAGGAACAGGUGAUGGUUGAGUGGAAGACCCACAAAAAACAUCAGCAGAAAGAUAUACCAUCAUUACUGCAAUACCCUAGCCCAGAAGCCAAGCCCUUGGUUAUUAACACUCAUAAUGAUCUGGGUGGGCAGUUACACCAGGCUGGACUGGGACUUCAGCAUCAUCAUCACAAGCCCUCCACACAUCUCCCCAAAGAAACAGUGGAGGAACCGGUGAUAAUCGAACAUCACAUCCUCAAGAAAUACCCAGAGAAGGAAGUGGGGCAAUUGCAGUGGGCCACCAGCCCAAAAGUCAAGACCCAGGCUACCAUUGCUCAGGGCUGGCAGCAGCCCUGCUCCCAUCCUCAGAUACAACACACCAAGAAUGAGCAAAGCAAGGAGCAGACAUUUCUAAACUGGAAUGUCUUCAAGAUGCCCGAGGAGACAGAUGUGACUCCAUUGCAAUGGGUCUCUAGCCCAAAAGCAAAGACCCAGGCUGCCAUUACUCAGGAAAAUGUCCAGGGCUGGCAGCAGUCCUCCUCCCAUCCUCAGGGGAAACACAUUGAGAAUGAACUCAGCGAGCAGCAGACAUUGGUCAAUUGGAAUGUCCUCAAGAAGCACAAGGAGACAGAUGUGACACCAUUGCAAUGGGUCUCUAGCCCAAAAGUCAAGACCCAGGCUACCAUUGCUCAUGGAGAUGUCCAGGGCUGGCAGCAAUCCUCCUCCCAUCCUCAGGGGAAACACAUUGAGAAUGAACUCAGUGAGCAGCAGACAUUGGUCAAUUGGAAUGUCCUCAAGAAGCACAAGGAGACAGAUGUGACACCAUUGCAAUGGGUCUCUAGCCCAAAAGUCAAGACCCAGGCUACCAUUGCUCAAGGAGAUGCCCAGGGCUGGCAGCAGUCCUCCUCUCAUCCUCAGGGGAAACACAUUGAGAAUGAACUCAGCGAGCAGCAGACAUUGGUCAAUUGGAAUGUCCUCAAGAAGCACAAGGAGACAGAUGUGACUCCAUUGCAAUGGGUCUCUAGCCCAAAAGUCAAGACCCAGGCUACCAUUGCUCAUGGAGAUGUCCAGGGCUGGCAGCAAUCCUCCUCCCAUCCUCAGGGGAAACACAUUGAGAAUGAACUCAGCGAGCAGCAGACAUUGGUCAAUUGGAAUGUCCUAGAGAAGCACAAGGAGACAGAUGUGACACCAUUGCAAUGGGUCUCUAGCCCAAAAGUCAAGACCCAGGCUACCAUUGCUCAAGGAGAUGUCCAGGGCUGGCAGCAGUUCUCCUCCCAUCCUCAGGGGAAACACAUUGAGAAUGAACUCUGCGAGCAGCAGACAUUGGUCAAUUGGAAUGUCCUAGAGAAGCACAAGGAGACAGAUGUGACACCAUUGCAGUGGAUCUCAGGCCCAAAAGGCAAGACCCAGGCUACCAUUGCUCAAGGAGAUGUCCAGAGCUGGCAGCAGCCCUCCUCCCAGCCUCAAAUGAAACACAUUGAGAAUGAACUCUGCAAGGAGCAGACAUUGCUCAACUGGAACAUUCUUAAGAAGCAUGAGGAGACAGAUGUGACACCACUGCAAUGGAUCUCAGGCCCAAAAGUCAAGACCCAGGCUCCCAUUGUUCAGGGACAUGUCCAAGGCUGGCAGCAGCCCUCCUCCCAUCCUCAAACGAAGCACAUUGAGAACGAACUCAGUGAAGAACAGAUAUUGCUCAAUUGGAAUGUCCUCAAGAAUCAUGAGGAAACAGCUGUUACACCAUUACAGCGAGCCUCUAACCCAAAAGCCAAGACCCCGGUUGUCACUGUUAGGGGUUACGAGCACAAAGGUGAUGUGCGACCCCAAAAUCUUCUGCAGAAGCCUUCUUCCCACCCUCAAAUCACACAUACCAUGGAGGAGAUAUUGCUUGAAUGGGACGUCCAAAAAAAUGUUCCGCAGACAGACGUAACGCCAGUGCAGAUGGCACCUAGUCCAAAGGCCAAGAAACGGACUGGCAUUGCUCAGGGUUCACUGCCAUGUCCAGGCAUAAAAGACCUCCAACAGACACUUUACUCCUGUCCCUCCUUGGAAUCCACUAAAGAGAAAGUGGAGCUUGAGCGGAUUCUCCAGACGAUUCUCCAGGAAAAAGGAAUGACACGCCCACUGCGGACCAGUGGCACAGAUGCUAAGGCCCAGGCAAGCAUCCCUCAGGGUCAAAGUUUCAAGCCAGACCAGGUUGGCAUAGGCCUCCAGGAAACUUGCAAGAGGUCCCGCUCCUGUCUCCACAUUGAACUGAAUGUGUGCCAAAAGGAGCCCAAGAAGCAACCAAGAGGAUCCCCACUGAAGUCUGAUCCUGUGGCCAGGCAGAGCCCUGCUGCUCUUCCCAGGGAUCCAGUCACCCAGACCAGCUCUACUCACUCACAAGAAAUGACUAACAUCAGUUUGCUAUACCACAAGGAAGAUAAAUGGAUUGAAAGCCACCUCCAGAAGAAGGAUGCACUGCCAUCACCGCAGGUCCCAAGCUUAAAAGGGAGAUCACACACACCUCCAUCUGGCUCCAAGAGCAGAGCAAGAUCAACUGCUUCCCCCUUGCAUUCUGCCAGCAAGGGGAAAGGCAAGAGCAAAGGCAAAGGUAAAGACAAAGGCAGAAAAUCUAAGUCCCCAGCUACCAUGGCCAUCAUCCUCCCAGAGGACAUAUCGCAAGGGAUGAGCGAGGAGCUCCCCAAAGUUACUAGCCCCAAGGAGAAGUCACCUGUUCCUUCCUUGUCUAAUACCAUGGAUACGAAUAAAGUCAUGCAGGACUUGCAGAUGUGGGGCAAAGCAUUGGACGAGGAGCAAAGGCCAUCCUACUUGGUGUACCCUGUUUGUCUGCAGUGCGGCCAUUGCACCCCAUUUUGCUCUCACCCUGAUUUGCAGAACAACCCUUCUCUCUUGGUCUGCUCCUCGCUGAGCAUGUGCAGUGGCGAGCCCCACAUGGCCCUGAGGAUCAAGAGGACUGAAGCUGACAAGUGGGGACUGGCUGAUGGGUCAGAUGUCUUCGUAGUGCAUUCAGACACAGAGAUGAGGAGACCAGGCCCCUCCAAACAAGAGAAGAAGAGUCAAAGCCCAGGAAGUCCAAAAGCUGAAAGAACCUCCUACCGAACGAGAGAUGAGCACAGAAAGGACAAGGAAAGAUCACACCAACCUCGAAGUCGAGAGAAGUUACCUUCCCCAUCUGCAGAGAGAGCUCAUCGGAGAAAGCAGGGGUCUUCUCCUGAGACCCGGAGAGUUAGAGCCGCUGAGAGACCAUCCCCGAAAUCACCCACAAAACCAUCCAAAAGACAACUCUCUAAAAAGUCAGCACCCUCAAAGGCAGGUCCAGCCCAGCAAGAGCCCCACAAGAAGCUCCCCAAACUCCUGGAAUGGCUGGUGUCCUGCCUGAAGAAAGCCUGCACAGAUAGCAGAAGGAAGACACCUCCCAACAAGCAGGGCCCUGGGGCUCCCCACCGGAAACCACCUUCCCCCAAAAGAGAACGUCCUUCGUCCGUUGCCCCAUCUGCAUCCAAAAGGAGGAGGCACCACAAGGAGCCCACGGCUCAGGCCAGGCCCUCCUCACCAGACCCCCAGCUGGUCCACACAGAAGAUGUCUUCGAAUGCAGAACUGUGAUCCUGAGUAGUCAUAGUCCAAGCUGGGAAAUUAGUUCUCAGGUGGAAGACUAAUCCAAGGUUCAUGCCAACCAUGGAAAAUCCAGAUAAACUUCUGUCAUCCCAUUUUUCAGCUCCUUUCCAGGUAUCUCAGUUUCAUACCUCCUCCCAUUUUUUCUCUUUUGUCUUCGCUGCAAACUGUAAAGUGGAAAAAUACUUGUUAUUCCUUUCAUUCAGUGGGAAGAGAGAAAGCAGUGAAAUCUUGACCUUCCAAGGAUGACUAAGGGAGAUCAAACUGCUGUCGCACCUCCUAAAUUGUGCAUUCUUCAUCAAUAAUUUUAGCCAUUUUGUCUAUACUCUGAUAUUCCUUGGCUCAAUUGGUUCAAGAUUUACUGCAAAAAAUGGGAAUUACAUUCAAGAAAUCUGAAGUUUAGGACUCCAAAGGGCAACUAUGAAAGAACUUUGCAAAAUUUCCAACUGUAAAUG